GGUCGGCAAUAUAUCGGCCAGACAAGUUUGCGGUUGUGUAAUGGUGUAACAAGCGAAAAUUAUGAAAAAGCAAAAGACGAAUAACCUCAGCAAAACAUUUUACAAGGGAGCAGUUACUGGUCUGAUCGGAUUUACCGCGCUGACUGGCGCAUAUUUCGUUUAUUUAACGUUCAGUUUCCUGAAGAACACUAGACUCCAAAGGAGACAGCGGGAGCUGGCCGUGCAAGACCAGCUUCUCGUGGACGGAGCGAAGGAACUGAGCAACUGAAAAGUAGUUCUUCAGUACAAUGCAGUCGCUGCUUCGCGCGUUUGUCCAAGCUGCGGGCAGGCCCAUCGUGCGGUCGCUACAAACGUCGUCGAUUACUUGCCAGAAAUGGAAAAUCCUCAGACUAAACCACGUUGCUGUUGCAACACUCCAACUGGAGAAGCUCGCCAGUUUCUAUCGGGACACCCUAGGGCUCAAGGUCAGCGAACCGGUACCCCAGAACGAGCACGGCGUCACUACGGUGUUCGUCGACGUCGGCAACACGAAGUUCGAACUCCUAUUGCCCUUGGGUGACAAGAGCCCCAUCGGCAACUUUCUGGAGAAGAACAAAGGUGGUGGCGCCCACCACGUUUGCUUGGAAGUCGACGACAUCGAGGCAGCCGUGGCCGACCUGAAGCAGAAGGGCAUCCGCACACUGGCCGAAAAGACGCGCAUCGGAGCACACGGGAAGCCGGUCAUGUUCUUGCACCCAAAGGAUUGCGGGGGCGUCCUCGUAGAGCUGGAGCAGGCGUAGAUGCCCUCCUUAGCUGGUUUGCACUUAUUAAAGCUUUUCGUCCGAAAGUA